AUGAAACCACACAGUCCGCGCUCGGCCGCCGUCGUGAAUGAUUGUUUGUAUUUAGGCAGUAUGUUGACCAUAUAUUUUGCUUUGAUGCCUGUGGCUGGCGUGCUUUCAUAUUCUUAUCAAAUCUCCGGUGGCAAUCCAUGUGGAAAAAAUGCGACAUUUCAAACUUGUAACAACAGAUGUGCUUACAACUACUGUCCAGUGGAUGAUUCGAAACCUGAUUAUAGUUGUGUACCUCCAUCGCCUUGCGCUCCCGGAUGCGUUUGCAAUUUGAACUAUAGAAAAAAAAGUAUAAAUGAGAACAAGUGUAUCCUGGCAUCUGAGUGUACGCCAGUUAAUUGUACCCGGCCCAAUGAAGUUUUUAAUAAUUGUCCAUCGGCCUGCUUGAGGGAAGGUUGCGAAUUUGCUUGUGAAGAACCAACUGUAUGCAACACACUUGUUUUAAACUGCCAACCACAGUGUAUUUGCAAGCCAAAUACUUGUCGAGAUGAGAAUAACAUUUGCGUUCCAUUUGAAUGCCCAAAGAAGAAACCUCAGCCAUGUUAA